CUUUAUUAAUGUUAGUUUAUGGCUAACCAAUCCGUUAAGAGUGUUUAUAAGCCGGGUUAAAAUUUAUUUUGUGUGACUUUUGAAUACAUUAGCUAUCUGACACACGCUACGAAAGACGCUCGCAGCAUUAGCUCAAGCAUUGCACAUCAGCGUUAAAACAAUUACAUGUGAUACUUGAUCAGAUGUUGUUUGUAAUUAUCCCAGUGGAUCACCAAUCCAAUGCAUCCCAUAUAUGUUUGUCAUGUCGAAAAGGAAAGUGACUUUUGAGGAUGGAGAUGGGGAGAUUACUUUGGAAGAUGUUCCAAAGAAAAAGAUUGUUGAUGGUGUGAGUGGCCCAGGAUCCAGAUUUAAGGAGAAACACUCUUUGGACAGUGAUGAGGAAGAUGAAGCAGGGGAUGGAGAAAAUAUCAGCAAAUAUGACAUCCUUUCCAAUGACGAUGUGGAAGGUCAGGAAACGGCAACCAUUGACUAUGACGAGGGGGUACGCAUCACCCCUUUUAACCUCGACGAGGAAAUGCAGGAGGGUCACUUUGAUUCAGAGGGAAACUAUUUUGUCAACAAAGAGAAAGAUAUCAGGGACAACUGGCUGGACAAUAUUGACUGGGUGAAGAUAAAAGAGCAACCUGUGAAAAAGAAGAAAGGCCUUGCAGCGAAGCGUAAGAGAAGGGUUGGUGAUGAAGAUGAAGCAGAGGAGGAGAUAAAACGAGAGCAGCAGCAGAAAGACAGUGAAGAUGAUGAGGAAGAGGAGGAGAAAGAGCCAGCAGAAGACCCUCUGGCUACAUACAGUCAUCAUCAACUCACAGAAGCCAUCAUUCAGCUGCUGCUGCCUGGAGAAACAGUGGCUGCUGCUCUGAGAAGACUUGGCGGUCUUGGGGGACAGAAGAAGAAAGGGAAACUGAGAGGAGAAGAGGAGGAGAAAAAAGAGACUUUUAACAGAGAUGCUGAUAAACUAGACAAACUGACAGCGUUGGCAGAUAGAUUGGUGGGGAUUGGAGAAUUUGAAAUUUAUCAGCAGACAUAUGAAAAACUGGCCUACAAGCUGAAGGGGUUGACUCCAGGAAAGGCAGCCAAAACGCUUGAGGAAAGAAAAGAGGAAGAAGAAGAGCUAGACAUGUUCGCUGAUGAGUUUGAUGAGAGGCAUGGUGCGGAAAAAGAUGAGGAUAAAGACAACAACAUAGGGAGUGAUGAGGUCAUGUGGGAGUACAAAUGGGACAAUGAGGAAAACUCUGAGCUUUAUGGGCCCUUCAGCAGCCAACAGAUGCAGGACUGGGUGGAUGAGGGCUACUUCAAGGAUGGAGUGUACUGUAGAAGGAUUGGCCAAGAAGGUGCCCCGUUCUACAACUCGAAGAGAAUAGACUUUGAACUCUACACAUGAUCUGUCUAUGAGUCAUAUUACUGAUUUUAUUUGAUUUCUUCUGACAGGGCUUCCCUGAAUAAUUGUUUACUCUUCAAUAAUUGUUUUUGUCUUAUGUAUACACUAGUAUGUGCGCCUGUGUUUGAUACAUGAUGUGUUUUAAAAUAAAGACUUUUUUUCUGGCUGGA